AUGAACAAUCAUUUCUACUAUGUGGAAGGCAUGUCUACAGCAAUCCUUCUUUUAAAUAGAUUAACAGCCCUUUUAUGGCCAUUAAAAUAUGAAAAGAUUUGGAAUAAAUUAUGGUAUUGGGCAAUUAUUCUUGCUUAUACUCUUCCAAUAACAUUAAGUUGGCAUAUUUUAAUUUCAGAAAUUGUUAUCUGGGUUCAUGAUAAUGAAACUUUUAGUUUGUAUACACAAAUAAAACCAAAUGAGCCAAAGGACACAUUAACUACUUCAUGGUUUUCCGUCUUAUUCACAAUUAUUUGUCUAUUAAUUAAUAUUGCAUGCCUUUAUGUUUAUAAAAAGACAACAAUUGUCAGUUCUCAGCAAACUCAAAGCAAGCAAAAGACCGAGACACUUUUGACAUUUACUCGCUUCUAA